GUAAAGAGAAGCGCGAAAAUGGCGAGAACCAAGCAAACAGCCCGCAAGUCCACCGGUGGCAAAGCUCCCAGGAAGCAGCUGGCCACCAAGGCGGCCCGCAAGAGCGCCCCGGCCACCGGCGGCGUCAAGAAGCCUCACCGUUACAGGCCCGGUACCGUGGCUCUCCGUGAGAUCCGUCGCUACCAGAAGUCCACCGAGCUGCUCAUCCGCAAGCUGCCCUUCCAGCGCCUGGUCAGGGAGAUCGCUCAAGAUUUCAAGACUGACCUGCGCUUCCAGAGCUCGGCCGUCAUGGCUCUGCAGGAGGCCAGCGAGGCUUACCUGGUCGGCCUGUUCGAGGACACCAACCUGUGCGCCAUCCACGCCAAGAGGGUCACCAUCAUGCCCAAAGACAUCCAGCUGGCACGUCGCAUCCGAGGGGAGAGAGCAUAA